AGGAGCAGAUGUAGCUUUGUGCAGUUCAUCUUUAGGUUCAGAAUGUGGAUUUAAGACAUCAUAAUGUUGCCAAAAACCUGAAAAUAAGAUGACAAGAUUUUUUCAGGAACUUGUGCCUGUUAAGAUAAACAAGUUUUUCCAAAGACCGACAACUUAAAAUAGCAAUGGAUGUCUUGUAUGGUUAUGAGAUAAGCAGUACUUUAUACCUGCAGAUGAAUUAUAGUCAUGCUCAGGGCUGGUUUGCAUUUGUGUCUACCGUAGCAGACCUGCGCACAACUUUUCUAUUCUUUUUUCCCAUCUGGUUUCACCUGCAAAUAGCAGUGGGUGUGAAGCUGAUCUGGGUUGCCGUAGUAGGAGACUGGCUCAAUUUGGUCCUCAAGUGGCUCAUGUUUGGUGAGCGUCCUUAUUGGUGGGUUAAAGAAACUGUUUAUUAUGGCAACUUAACUGUACCACAAAUCAAACAGUUCCCAAUGACCUGUGAGACAGGCCCUGGAAGUCCCUCUGGUCAUGCAAUGGGAGCUGCAGGAGUUUAUUAUGCCAUGGUUACCUCACUGCUGCCAUUUUUGCAGGGAGAGGACCCCUUGAAAAGAUGGUGCUUGAAGGGCCUUCUUUGGACUCUGUUCUGGUGUGUGCAGGUGUGUGUAAGUCUUUCUCGAGUCUUUAUUGCUGCUCACUUUCCACAUCAGGUCAUUGCUGGUGUUGUUACAGGAAUUGCUGUUGCCAAAGCUUUUAACAGAGUUUCCUGGAUCUACUCAGCAAGUUUGAAGGAUUAUAUGCAAACCAUCCUCUGUCUGUUAUUUGUUGCCCUGGGGCUUUAUGUCCUGUUGGACACUGUCUCAAUAAACCCAUACUGGAGCCUAAUAAAGGCACAGAAGUGGUGCAUUCACUCGGAAUGGGUCCAUCUAGAUACUACACCGUUUGCUGGCCUCCUGCGCAACGCUGGGGCUCUGUUUGGCCUAGGCUUGAGUCUUAAUUUGCCUUGUCAGGGUGAUAUGGAAAAACAUAAGAGUGGUGAAAACAGCGUCGUCUACAGGUUGACUUGUACUGCAGCAACAUUGCCACUCUUGAGUCUCAUAGACUCGUUUAGAUUACCUACAAGCACUCGUGCUGUGUUUUACUUGCUGUCAUUCUGUAAGAGUGCUACAGUGCCUCUGACCACAAUUACUGUUGUACCUUACUGCAUAAGUGCAUUAGCGGAUGUAUACCAGAGAAUAAAACUGCGUUAAAUCCAUGAGAUUUCAAUGGGUCUGUAUUUCAAAAUGACUUUGCUUGCAUGUGACAAGGGAUUCAGUAUAACUACUUUGUUUUGCAGAGAUGAAUAAUUUAUGUUUUUCAGUUAAACAAAUGCUAAUAAAAUAGAAUUAAAUGGACUGAUUUACUGAUCACAUUUAGAGGGUGUUGUUUUUGUUUGUUGUUUUUUUUUAUUUUUUUUUUUGUUUUUGCUUUGGCCUGAGAAUAUUCCUAAAGAAGAACAGCAGACAUUAACAGGAAAAUUAAUGUGAUAACAUCGAAAGCAAUGUUAUGAUUUAGUGUGUAACACAUGUGUUUAAAGGAACAAAAGUUUAAGAAUGUUAAUUUGGAGACAAACGCAGACGCAUAGCUUAAAUAUACAAAGGCGCUGAUUUUUGUUGUAAAGAACAACACUGUAGGGACGCCAUCUAGCGACCGGACUUUUGCAGUUACCACAACACUGCAUGUUG